UCUUUCCCAUGGUGACAUCAUGGCAAAUUCCCAAACUGGACGGACCCGGCUCAGGUGACAGCCAUAUGGGCCGAGCCGGCCCGGGCCGGCCUGGGUGCCAGCUGGAGGGGCUGGGUCCUGAGCCCUGCCGGGCCAGCGCCCUGGGGGCGGGGUUCUUCUCCGCUCUCCCUUCGCACGGACUGUGCCCUCGGCGGGCAGGCAGACCGGCACGGUAGGGCUCGGGCCGGGCUUCUCUGGGCCAAGGAUCAAUGUCCCUGGCUGGGGUAGGCCCCCAAGCAUUCCAGUCUUCCUGACCUGGCUUCUGAAGAGGGCGCAGUAGAGCCACUGGAGAGAGCCGGACAAGACGCCGCCUCGGCCGGAGGUGGGACCUAUCGUGUUGCCGCCCGGGGCGGAGUUAUUUGGACCUGAGACCCGCCCUUAAUACUGCAGCCUCUCGGAAGGAACCGUUCGGGGCGGAAGUUAAGAAGCCCCGAGAGCUAGGUGGCGGAAGUGGCCGCGUUCCUGCUUGUCCGUGCGCAUGCGUUAUUCUAUUUCUUAGCCGCCGCUCUUCAAGCGCUUCUUUUUCCUUUCUCCUCUUUACCUCCACGCGAGGGGGUGCGCGUACCCCUAGUCGUCGUGGUCGUGCUCUCAGCCCCUCCGCUAUUUUCGUGGCCCCCUCACCAUGGCGGGCAUCCUGUUUGAGGAUAUUUUUGAUGUAAAAGACAUUGAUCCGGAGGGCAAAAAGUUUGACCGAGUGUCUCGACUGCAUUGUGAGAGUGAAUCUUUCAAGAUGGACCUCAUAUUAGAUGUAAACAUUCAGAUUUACCCUGUAGACUUGGGUGACAAGUUCCGGUUGGUCAUAGCCAGUACUUUGUAUGAAGAUGGUACUCUGGAUGAUGGUGAAUACAACCCUACAGAUGACAGGCCUUCCAGGGCUGACCAAUUUGAGUAUGUAAUGUAUGGGAAAGUGUACAGGAUUGAGGGAGAUGAAACUUCUACUGAAGCAGCAACACGCCUCUCUGCCUACGUGUCCUAUGGGGGCCUGCUCAUGAGGCUGCAGGGUGAUGCCAACAAUCUGCAUGGAUUUGAAGUGGAUUCCCGAGUUUAUCUGCUGAUGAAGAAACUGGCCUUCUGAACCACCUAGGGAGCCAGGCUUGCUGCUUAGUCACGCAGGUCAUGGACGUUUGUUCAAGCCCGAGUAGCAGUUGCUGUUGUUCACCUGUUCAGGAGGGGCUGGCUCUCCGUCCACUGUGGGUGCAUCUUUAGGAGGUCUGGACUCAAUGGGAAACUGACUUGCCUGCAAAAGACCCAGUGGGAGAGCUUAAAAUGAAUCAGAAGUUGUUUUAUGUAUAUGAUUUUUUAAAUUAAACUUUACUUUUUCAGACUCUU